UUCUGCGGGUUGAUACGAGGAACUGUCACAAUCGUGCCUGGUAUGGACUUGUUGUCCGGGACGUAUAUAUUUGCGGUCCUGUUAGCAUGCGUCGUGUUUCAGUCUGGCGCCCAGGAGAAGAACUACACGGUCCGAGAAGAAAUGCCAGAAAACGUCCUGAUAGGCGACUUGUUGAAAGACCUCAACUUGUCGCUGAUUCCAGACAAGUCCUUGACAUCGCCAAUGCAGUUCAAGCUAGUCUAUAAGACAGGAGAUGUGCCACUGAUUCGGAUAGAAGAAGGGACUGGAGAGAUCUUCACCACCGGAGCUCGCAUCGAUCGUGAGAAAUUAUGUGCUGGUAUCAUGCUGGAUGCCCGUUGCUUUUAUGAAGUGGAGGUUGCCGUUUUGCCGGAUGAAAUAUUUAGACUGGUUAAGAUACGUUUUCUGAUAGAGGACAUAAAUGAUAAUGCACCAUUAUUCCCCGCAACGGUUAUCAACAUAUCAAUUCCAGAAAAUUCGGCUAUAAACUCCAGAUAUGCUCUCCCAGCGGCAGUUGAUCCUGACAUCGGAAUAAAUGGAGUUCAAAAUUACCAACUAAUCAAGGGUCAAAAUAUUUUUGGGCUUGAUGUCAUUGAAACACCGGAAGGAGACAAGAUGCCACAACUGAUUGUUCAAAAGGAGCUAGAUAGGGAAGAGAAAGAUACCUAUGUGAUGAAAGUAAAGGUUGAAGAUGGUGGCUUCCCUCAAAGAUCCAGUACUGCCAUCUUGCAAGUAAGUGUUGCUGAUACAAAUGACAACCGCCCAGUCUUUAAGGAGAAUGAGAUUGAAGUCAGUAUACCUGAAAACGCGCCAGUGGGCACUUCAGUGACACAGCUCCAUGCUACAGAUGCUGACAUAGGGGAAAAUGCCAAGAUUCAUUUCUAUUUCAGCAAUCUAGUCUCCAACAUUGCCAAAAGACUGUUUCACCUCAACACCACCACUGGGCUUAUCACAGUCAAAGAACCACUGGAUAGGGAAGAGGCACCAAGCCACAAGUUACUGGUUUUGGCAACCGAUGGUGGAUCCAUGCCUGCGAGAGCCAUGGUGCUGGUAAAUGUUACAGAUAUCAAUGAUAACGUCCCAUCCAUUGAUAUAAGGUACAUCAUCAAUCCAACCAAUGGCACCGUGGUUCUUUCAGAAAAUGCCCCACUCAACACCAAAGUUGCUCUCAUAACUGUGACUGAUAAGGAUGCUGACCAUAACGGUAGGGUGACGUGCUUCACGGAUCAUGAAGUCCCUUUCCGUUUAAGACCAGUAUUUAGUAAUCAAUUCCUACUGGAGACAGCUGCGUAUCUCGACUAUGAGUCCACCAGAGAAUAUGCCAUUAAAUUGCUGGCUGCAGAUGCUGGCAAGCCUCCUUUGAAUCAGUCGUCCAUGCUCCUCAUCAAAGUGAAAGAUGAAAAUGACAAUGCUCCCGUUUUCACGCAGCCUUUCAUAAGUAUUUCCGUUCCUGAGAAUAACUCUCCUGGCACUCAGCUGACAAAAAUAAGCGCCACGGAUGCAGACAGUGGGCAGAAUGCUGAGAUCAGUUACCUGCUGGGUAUUGAUGCUCCAUCCGAAUUCAAUCUGGAUCAUCGUACAGGCAUUCUGACUGCAGUGAAGAAACUAGACAGAGAAAAACAGGAAAAAUAUUACUUCACAGUUCUGGCAAAAGAUAAUGGAAUACCAUCCUUAAUAACUAAUGCCACCGUCUUAGUGACUGUUCUUGAUCAGAAUGACAACAGCCCAAUUUUCACCCACAAUGAGUACAACUUCUAUGUCCCAGAAAACCUUCCAAGACAUGGCACAGUGGGACUCAUCACAGUAACAGAUCCUGACUAUGGAGAGAAUUCUGCAGUCACUCUCUCCAUUGUCGAAGUGAACGACGAGUUUACCAUCGAUCCACAGACUGGUGUCAUCCGACCAAAUAUUUCAUUUGACCGAGAAAAACAAGAAUCUUACACUUUUUAUGUUAAGGCUGAGGAUGGUGGUAGAGUAUCGCGCUCUUCAACUGCCAAAGUAACCAUUAAUGUGGUUGAUGUCAAUGACAAUAAACCUGUUUUUGUUGUUCCUCCUUCCAACUACUCCUAUGAACUGGUUCUACCAUCCACUAGUCCAGGCACAGUGGUCUUCCAGGUAGUUGCCAUUGACAAUGAUACUGGCAUGAACGCAGAAAUCCGUUACAGCAUUGUAGGGGGGAAUGCAAAUGGUCUUUUUAUGAUUGAGCAAAUAUCAGGAAACAUCACACUGAAGGAGAAAUGUAUUGUUGCAGACCUCGGUUUGCACAGAUUGGUAGUAAAAGCUAAGGACUUAGGACAACCUGAUUCCCUCUUCAAUGUUGUCAUUGUCAAUCUCUUCGUCAAUGAGUCAGUGACCAAUGCUACACUGAUUAAUGAAUUAGUGCACAAAAGCAUUGAAACUCCAGUGACACAAAAUGUUGAGACAACUGAUGCAUCCUCACCAACCAGUGACUAUGUCAAGAUCAUGGUUGCCAUUGUUGCCGGCACCAUAACUGUCGUCCUAGUGAUUUUCAUCACUGCUGUUGUGAGAUGUCGCCAAUCACCACAUCUUAAGGCUGCUCAGAAAAACAAACAGAAUUCCGAAUGGGUUACUCCAAACCCAGAAAACAGACAGAUGAUAAUGAUGAAGAAAAAGAAGAAGAAGAAGAAGAAAAAUGCCCCUAAGAACUUGCUUCUUAACUUUGUCACUAUUGAAGAAGCAAAGGCGGACGAUGCCGAUAAUGAUGGAAACAGUGUCACACUUGACCUUCCUAUUGAGCUGGAGGAGCAAACCAUGGGCAAGUACAACUGGGGCACAACACCUACUACAUUCAAGCCUGAUAGUCCUGAUCUGGCCCGACACUACAAGUCUGCCUCUCCACAGCCAGCUUUUCAGAUCCAGCCUGAAACUCCCCUGAAUUCUAAGCAUCACAUCAUUCAGGAACUGCCUCUUGAUAACACCUUCGUGGCCUGCGAUUCCAUCUCCAAGUGUUCCUCCAGCAGUUCUGAUCCCUACAGUGUGUCUGAAUGCAGCUAUCCAGUGACGACCUUCAAAGCCCCUGUGUCUGUGCACGUCCGACCGACAAUGAAGGAGGUGGUACGCUCUCACACCCCCAUCAAAGAGUCAACCACUGUGGAGAUCUGGACUCAUCCUCAACCACAGCGGAAAUCCGAGGGGAAAAAGGCAGGAAAGUCUCAGCGGCGUGUCACAUUUCACCUACCAGAAGGCUCUCAGGAAAGCAGCAGUGAUGGUGGACUGGGAGACCAUGAUGCAGGCAGCCUACCCAGCACGUCCCAUGCUCUACCCCUUGGCUAUCCUCAGGAGGAGUACUUUGAUCAUGCCGCACCCAACAACCGCACUGAAGGGGAUGGCAACUCUGAUCCUGAAUCUACUUUCAUUCCUGGACUAAAGAAAGCUGCAGAAAUAACUGUUCAGCCAACUGUGGAAGAGGCCUCUGACAACUGUACCCACGAAUGUCUCAUCUUGGGCCACUCUGAUGCCUGCUGGAUGCCAGCUUCUCUGACGCAUUCCAGUCCAUCACAGGGACAGGCCUCUGCACUCUGCCGCAGCCCACCCCUGACACAGUCCACUCUUCGUCGCCGCAGUCCUCCGGUGACACAGACCAUCGCUCUCUGCCAUAGUCCUCCAACGACCCAGGUUAUCGCACUGUGCCACAGCCCUCCACCAGUGCAGGCAUCUGCUCUCCACCACAGUCCUCCUCUAGCACAGACCACUGCAUUUUGUCACAGUUCACCACCGGCACAGGGUUCAGCCCUGCGCUAUAGCCCUCCCCUGGCACAAGCUGUUGGGGUCCGCCGCAGCCCUCCUCUGCCACACGCUGCUACCUUGCAUCGCAGCCAGGCCCAAGCACCAAUAGCUAUGCAGCAGGGCUGGGUGCAGGGGGCGGCAACUGAUGGACUGCGUGCUCUUGAUCAGAGCGGUCAAGGUAGUACAAGAGCUCAGUUUUACACCAUGUCCGAUAGAAUCCAUCACAGUGAUGAUUCAAUCAAGGUCAUUCCCUUGACAACCUUCACUCCAGGUCAACAAGCCAGACCCUCUAGGGGUGAUUCCCCGGUCAUGGAAGAGCAUCCAUUAUAAAUGUAAACUAGACAGGGUGUAUAUAAUCCAAGUUCACGAUCCAAUUUGAAUAAAUAAUCCAAAUUGAUAGCUUUGUAAAUAACUUUGUAAAUAAAGCAGAUACCAGAAUAA